UUAAUGGCUGUGUAAAUUUAAAAGUUAAAUAAAUUGUCGUACCUUUCGAUAUAAACAAGCACUUAGCAUCGAUAAGAAAUAUCAAUACGAAGAAGAACUUGGCCAAAGCCCGUGGAUUCGAGUGACAGGAACAACCCUCGGCAUUCUUACGUAGCUAUUUUCUCACACAAGAUGGGGACUUUCACUUUUUGAGAUGUAUAGCGAUAUGAUUGAGAUUUGGGAAUUUGUUCUUAUCUUAUUUGGUGCAGAGGCACUUGUUGGAAUCGGUGUUGGAAUAUUCAUUUGGAGGAAACACAAAAACAAAACAGAUUAUAGCUCUCAGAGAGACCUAUUAGAUGAUCUUCAAGAUGACGUCAUUUUAAAUGAUUUGUACGAAGCAGACGACCUCGAGAUCGGCGUUCCCCCACAUGAUUACCAAGAAGUAAACGAUGCUGUGCGACUGAAGGUUUUCCGGCGACUAAGCAGCAUUUCUGAUUUUUGCGAGUCCAAAUCAGAAGCCCGCAGAACCAGCAUCUUAAGUGAUGUUGCAUUGCCUGAUGUUGAACCGCGCCCAGUGCCAAUGGUACUUGCUACCAAUGAUGACGUAUUUUACGGAAGCGACAGACCGUUGAGUGACAUGCGCCCUCCGUCUUACCACACGCGAAUGUCGUAUGCUCAUUCCAAUAAUGGGGAAGACUUGACUCCUGUCAACACACCCAGCCCGACAAGAUUUAGAAAAGCAUUAUUUAUUGAUGAGACCACAAAAGGAGGUCUGACGAGACCUAAAAUGGGUGACCCAACGCCAUUUUCUUUACACACUGAAAAGACAGAAGUGUCAAUGGAAAAGAUGGACAAAGCAAAACCAUUGUUGGAUAUUUAGAAUCCAAGGGGAAACAGAUCUGCUUUAAAAACAGUGAUGUUUAGUGUUUGUUUAAUAUGUAAAAAUAAUAUUUGCUAUUGUUCCUUUAUUAUUCAUGCUUUGAUUUUCAAGUCUGUACAUUAAUAUCAUGAAAAUCAAUUAUGUGUAAACAAAGGAAUUGUGCAAUUAUAGCUUAACUAAAAAACUAUGGUCUGCACUUUUGACUCUGGAUUUGCUAUAUAUC